UCAGCAGCAUGGAGAUAACAACACUGUGCGCUGUCAUGGCUUCUCUGAGAGUUCUUCCAGACAGAUCCCAGUUCUUCCUCUUUGAGUCCGUCUUUCUGAGCUGUGAGCAGCAUGGAAACUCUUCUGGGUGGACAGUUAUGAGGAACACUUCUACACAAAUAAAUGAAAAGUGUCCCACAUUGUGGGAGAAAAGGAAUGAAUCUGACUGCAUAAUUGAUGACCUUUUGGCAUUAGAUAGUGGAGUUUACUGGUGUGAAUCUGGAGCAGGAGAAUGCAGCAACACCGUCGACAUCACUGUGACAGCUGGUUCUGUGAUCCUGGAGAGUCCAGUUCUUCCAGUGAUGGAGGGAGAAGCUGUGACUUUUCGCUGCAGAGACGAGACAACCUCCUCCAAUCUAACGGCUGAUUUCUACCAAGACAAACUUCUUAUUGGGAGCAGCUCUACAGGAACCUUUACCAUUGAAAGUGUUUCUAAGUCUGAUGAAGGACUCUACAAGUGCAACAUAUCUGGAGUUGGAGAAUCCACAGAGAGCUGGCUGACUGUCAGAGCAGGCCAUCCUCCGUCGUCUAACUUCCACCUCGUAUACGUUCUUCUUCCUGUGGUGGGCGUCUGCGCCUUUCUCAUCUCGCUGAUGCUGCUCGGCCUCUGGAGAAGCCACAAAGGUAAAGUGGACUCUGCUGUGUCCUACACUGAUGUCAGCAUCAUAUCAGCAGUAAAACCUCACAGGAUCAGAGAUUUGGACUCUGGGCCGACGUUUUAUUCAACACUGAACCUGGACGCCAUCUGAUGGGACUGGAUUGUUCUGGAGUGAACAGAAGAUUUUACAGGAAAUGGAACAGAAUUUAGUUUAUUUUCAUCCGAAAAAGAUGUAGAAAUUUGUCCAGUUUCUUGAGCUUUUAAUAUUUAUACAAAUCAGUCUGCUUGAAGAAAUGUGUUUGUUUUUCAUUGUUUUACAUCCAUUUGUGGUCAGUUUCUAUUUGUUUCUUAUUCAUUUGUGAUAUUUUGUAUCUCUGGGGUCAUUUUUUUUCACUUUUUAGCCAUUUUGUGAUAAUGUUUUGUGGAUGUUUGUGUUGUGUUUUGUUGUCUUGUCUCUGCGUCUCUUUGAAUAGGGAUGUUGUGUCUCUUUGUCGUCAUUUUGUGGUAGUUAUUCACCUGUUUUCUAGUCAUUUCGUGAUGUUCUGCAAUGAUGUGUAGACAUUUUGCCAUUUUUGAUCAUUUUGCUAAUCAAAAGUGGGUCCUCAUUCCUCCAAAGUCUAAGUGUCAAGUCGUUUUUCAUCUGUUUUUUCGAUAAAGUCUGUUUUUGUAGUUAUUUUUUGUCUCUUAAUGGGGAUUUUGUGUCCUUUUGUUGUCAUUUUGGUUAUUUAUGGAAACUUUCCACCCAUUUUGUAGCCAUUUUGUGAUGUUUUGUAUUUAUCUGAAGCCAUUUACUUUGUGGUCAAUUUGUAUAACAUUCAAAUUGUUUUAUGACUCUUUUCAUUGCUCGAAAAUCAGAUUGUGAUGUUGUUUUGCAUGUAUUUGUAGUCAUCUUGUGUCUCUUAACUGUUUUUCUGUCUCUUUGUAGUCAUUUUGACUCUUUGUGGUCAUUUUUUUUACCUGUUAGUGUUGUGAUUCUGCACUGUUUUUUAUUCAUUUGUAGACAUUUUGUGUGACUUUGUGGCCACUUUCCAGUACUGUAGUGAUUUUUGAACCGUUCAAAACCAGUUUGUGAUGUUUUGCACCUCUUUGUCAGCCUUUUGCGUAUUCCCAGUGACUUUGAAUGUGAUUGGCAGAUUUUCAUCAUUUUUACAGUCAUUUUGUGAUGUUUCAUUUCUUUGAAAGCAUUUUGUGUCUUUCAAAUCCUUUUGGCAUCACUUUGUGGUCAUUUUGUGUUACUUUGUACUCAUUUUUCUACUCUGUAGUGGGUUUUCAUCCCUACAAAGUCAAAGUGUCAUCUUGUUUUACUUCUGUUUACUGUCUGUGUUUGCAGUUGUCUUGUGUCUCUUAACUAUGUUUGUAUUAGUCGUCAUUUUCGGUCCAUAUGGUCAUUUUUUAAACACAUUUUUUGCUCUUCUUUGAUGUUUUCUAUUUCCUUGAAAGCAUUUUGUGUUACAUUGUAGCAAUUUUGCAACUCUUUAAUGAGGUUUCAUCCACUCAGAGUCAUUUUGUUAUAUUUUUUUGCUUCUCCUUCCAUAAACUUUGCGUCUUUGUCAUCAUUUUCUGCCUCUGUGUAAGUUUUCUUUGUGUGAACAGAUCACAGUUGUUCUUUCCCAGAGUCAGCUCUUAACAUCUGCACAGAAACCAAACUUGAACCACUCAGCCAAGAUGGAAACAUGCUGCUGUGGAUGAGUCAGACCCUGAAAUCUCUGUUUCAUUUUCUAAAUUUACAAAUGAGACUGCUUUGGUGUGGGUUUCAGCAGUUUUUCCCUGUACAUGCUCGGUACUUUUUUUAUUCAUUUCAUCUGAAUCAGAAAUAAAAAACAAAUGAAACUUG